UGUAUCGGACAGCAAUCAAAGAGAGGUGGCAGCUCCUCAGUGUAUUAUCAUCAGAUAGUCGGGGCUGAGGUGGCGGCGCGGCCGGCCCUUCAGUGUGGCACCAUGCACCGCCAGCGCCCCAUCGCCGCGGUCCUUCUCGUGCUCGCGGCCCUCGCCGGGACGCACGCCGCGAGCCUCUCGCCGUCGUCGGACAUCCAGCCGUACAUUUCGGGUGGGACUUUGUCCAACAAUGGCCGACUUAGGUACGUUGUUGAGAUCAUCAAAGCCGUGAAAACGGGAGAUCUUUUCAAAGAGCACCUGGGGGAGGGGGCUCUACUGACCACUGACUGGGUGCUCACCACGGCGGCUGCCGCGCCGGACCUUUCUUGGGCAGAGUCUUUGCUAAAGCACGUGCUCGUGGUCGUCGGACGAGCCGACGGAAGCGACGGCGUCGAUGUGGAAAUUGACGACAAGAAGAGCGUGGUCGAGCCGAACAACAAGAUUCUGAAGCUGCUGAAGCUGAAGGAACCGGUCGUGUUGGGCGCCUUGAUCAAACCCGCAAACCUGCCAUCUUUUGCCACCGACAGUACAGGACUCGGCGCCAUCCUGGCGGGCUGGGGGAAGGACCGGAAGGCAUUGAACGCCGUCGACGUGAAAGUGUUCUCCAAGGAGCAGUGCACCGCUGACGGCGUCACCGUCGCGGACGAUGAGAUCUGCACCUCGGCCGAGGGCAACGCCUGCAAGGGGGACGACGGCGCGCCGCUCGCCAUCGACCGCAACACGGGGGCGUUCAGGCUGGUUGGCCUCGCCACCGGCGCGGACAAGCAGAGCGACAAGUGCGACCAGCGCAGCGUGUACGUCAACGUGGCCAAGUACACCAAGUGGCUGCUGACCGAGAUGUACCCGUGACGGGGCCGAGCAGGCCAGCGCGUCAAAUAAAUAAAAAAUACCUGCAAUA